AUGAAUCCAAGCAGCCCAUUCAGCUAUGGAAAUCCAACGUCAAUCACCUCGACGCAACUUAGGCCAGGUACACCAACACCAUCUUCCAAACCAAUCAUUGGUGGUGUAACAGGAGGAGGAGGUGGAGGAACGAUCGACUCGGAAAUAUCAAAGCCCAACCCAUUCACUGUCAAGUUGAAGCCUGUUGCCCGGGUUCCUUCGCCCACCCCUCUGUCGCCAUCACUCUCAUCAACAUCCAAUCAAUCAUCGCCCUCAAUAAGACCAGUCAGUCCAGGCCUCGGACCAAGUCCAAGUCCAAGCCCAAGCCCAAGCCCAAGCCCAAGUCCAAACUCAAGUCAAAGUCCAAGCCACAGCAACAAGGACAAUGUACAUACACAUACGCCAACAAACAAUAGUUCUGCGCCACUAGUUGUAAGAACGUUUAUCAAGAAGCCACCUGCUGCAUCGAUCACAGCUGGGGCACAUUCAUCAUCACCAACAUCAUCUUCAUCGCCUCAACUUUCAUCAACAUCUUCAACUCCACCUCGUCCUCAAUCACCAAGUCUAAGUCAACCUCCAAUACUGUCUGUCACAUCGACCAACUCACCAAGCAGGCAAUCACCAAACACUCACUUGUCACCAAGCAAGGCAUCACCAAUACUAAAGAGCGUGCCGAUCAAGCCUGCCACAAUCACACCACCUCAGCCACAAUCACAGGCACAUUCGCAGACACAUUCACAGACACAGCAACAAACACGCCCACAUACACCGACGCUACCACAGACUCAGACACAACCACAGCAACAGACACAGCCACAGACACAGCCACAGACCCAACUUCGACCACCUGGCAACUCGACACCUCCAAAGUCACCGGUAAAAAAGGAGUGGAAGCCUGUUAGUCCAAUGGCACUGGCUCAACAUACCGUGUUGCCAAUUGAUAUGGUGACGACAGAGUCGUCGGAACUCGCAAAGAAGUUGACCAAGCAGUUGACAUCAAGUAUGAAUGGCAAGGAGCCAGAGCGAGUGAGAGUACAUACUGCACACAAGGGCGACAACAUUGAGCUGACAUUGCAACGAGGCGACAUCAUUCAUGUGUUGGACAGACGCGACAAGACCCAAUGCUAUGGAAGCAAUGGACUCAAGACAGGCACCUUCAAUAUGGCCAAUUGCCAACCCAUUUCUCCAUUGUUGGCAACUCCACCGUCGAGCGCCGAGCUUGCGAUUUGCAUCGAGGACUACAAGGAUGUCACGGGUGGCGGUGCCACAAGCAUGGUGCGCGGCGAUGUACUGGCCAUCCUCGAGCGACGUGGCACUCCAACAAUAUCAAACUGCUAUGGACGAGUGAAGCGCGGACUUGAUGGCUGGGGCGAUGCAGGCGAGUUCCCACCAAGGGUCGUGCGAGUACUGUCCGCUGAGGAGUUCCAACUGCACAGCGAUGUGCUCGACGCGAUUAUGGAGAGUCGCGAACGCGCCAACGACCUGAUAUCGGCGCUGUUGCGCGAGUCAACAGAGUCCAGUUUGGCUGUUAGUGUCAGCGCGGGCGCAGGCAAGGACCAUCGCCAGGCCAAGAUCCGCGAUCGUAUCAAUACCGUUCAGACCACGCGUGUAAAUCUCCUGGCCGAGACCGAACCGACGCGCGCCAGCCAGCUACAGCACGACCUUCGUCGCCAGGUCGAAGGCCUUUACGCGCUCAUGGACAAUGAGUUCUUUGUGUGUGACGAACAGGGCAGGGUGCAGACCGAUGACGCGUCAUCAACAGUCUCGCCCAUCACACUACUUCGCGAACACUACACAUUGGCCGGCGAGAAGAAGACCAUCAAGUUCGACCGCACGAUAUCCUCACGCGACAGCCAGGUGUUCUUUGAGGUGAGCACGAGCACUGGAAGGUCCAAGCUCUGGGAGUAUGGCCAGCUGGUUGUGGACCUCAGGCUCACGCGAUUCCUUGCCACGCUUGGCAGUGGCAGCAGAACACUCGAGCUCUACAUCUCACUGCACAACUGGGUACAGCAACGAGCUGUUUCUGAGCAGAUCGUGGUCAACAUUGUAGAUGGAGCCAUUGUUCCAUCGCCCAACCAUCACAACAACAACGUCAUCAGUGUGCUGUUCAAGAAUAUCGAGCCAUUAGACGUAUGCGAGGAUACAAUACUAUUGAUUCGUGCGAUUAGACGUGGAACAAUGAAGGACAACGUGGCAAUUGGCAACAGCAACUUGGCGACAGGUGGCAACGGCAGUGGCAAUGGUUAUGAAAUCAAGAAAGGAUGCGCGGCAGACCUUCGCCGUCCAUUCGCCCAAGCAGCCAUAAAGAUCGCCAGUCUAAUCUCUGAUGCGCAACCCGGAGUCUACAGCCACGAAGUCUCAGCCAUGUUCUGGACAUCAUCGAACGACGCAUCAUUCGCAACAUUAUCCGAGCUUAUAACCAAACAUAGUUGUGAUGAGGACUUGAGGAAGGCUGGAGUGGAGCCAGUCCCCAAGAGCCAGGGCUCACAGUUGCAGACACAGGUAGCAGUGUCAUUCUAUGAUCAGCCAUUCAAGGCGGCAACAGAGCGAUGGCCUGAACUAAACAAGUUGCCAAGGGCCGAGAAGCUCGAGCACAAGGCUGUGAUCAAUGAGCCUCGACAUCAGAUGUAUUUGACGAUCGACAGCGCCAAGCUGACACAGGGCAAGAAGUUCGAGGUGUCUGUGCGCAUCAGGAUGGACACGGGCGAGUUCCUGCCCUACUGCAUGUCAAUGGGCACCGCGUCACAGCUGCUGACGGACGCGCGGUCUGUCGUAUGCUGCUACACCACCGCACCAGUGUGGCAUGAGACCAUUCACAUGGAUGUCUCUCCCGACAAGUUCAUGUCGGCGCAUCUCCUAUUCACCAUCCGCAGCGCAUCGUCCAAGACCAGCAAGUCAGGAAUUAUAGCCUUUGCAUUCCUGCCAUUGGCGCAGGCCAUUGGUCGUCGCGAGCAAGACCACAAUGAUGAGGACAACGAGCAGAUAGCAUUGGCCAAUGGAGACUACACCCUCAUACUCUACAAGACGUCCACGGACAACAUUGAUAUCAAGUACAUUGAGGACGACUUACCUUCAAUCGCGCCAACCUCUGAUAAGGACAACAAGGACAAGGACAAGUCGCCAGGUCGCGACAAGCCAUCAUUCACCGUGCGCAAGAAUGAACAUCUCAAGGUGCGCACACUGUUCCAAACGACACGCUUCGUCCAACAUACAGCAGUGGCACAGAUAAUCAACUGGCGACAGCAUGAGUCCGCGAUCACCGACAUCUUGGACAAGCAGUUUAGAUUCGUGGACAGCGUGGCAAUCAUGCGACAGCUGACGCCCAUCAUCGACGCUCUGUUCCGCAUCUACGACUCUAACACGGCGGGUUCGCUGUUCAUCGUCGAGCCUAUCGCGCUCACCGUGUACAACACCAUCGUCUUCAUCAUCGCGCUGCUUACGGACGAACGCACCAGCCGGUUUGCGCAGUUCAAGCCUGUUCUGGACGCAUACAUCCAGACACAGUUUGCUGGCGCGAUGGCGCACAAGCACAUCCUGAAUUGUCUGUGCUUCCACAUGCAGGAGAUAUCGAUCCGCGAGUCGGCCAAGAUCGCCACCACGCUCAAGUCGCUUGACUACAUGUUCCAGCUAAUCGUUCGCUCUCGCUUGGUCUUUAUGCAGACGGCCUCGCCGGCAUUGCGCGCCGAGCACUCUGACGCACAGUGGCGCAACGAUGUGUUAGAGUUCCUCGCGCUGUUCAACAACCUGAUGGCCAACACUGCGCCCCAGCUCAUUGUGAUCCAGACCCUGGCCCUGCGCAACUUUGCCACGAUGAUGAAGGGACUCAGCCAGUUCUUUGACAAGGCGCAGCGCUGUCGCAUACUCUGCCAGUUCAUCGAGUCUGUGCACGUCAAUGUACGCCAAGAGAUACUAAACGCCAACAAACUGACCAUCUUGUACCAGAUGCUCACGGGUCCUCUGCCACUGGACGGCGACACCAUCCCCCUGCUGCUACCACUACUUGUUGCAACGAUUGAGCGACACUUGGCCGUCGAGCAUCUCGAGGAAAUGAAGAUGUCAGUUCAGCUACUUUCACUGACGCUGGAGGCGCUCGAGCAAGUCACCGCGCCAGACGCCCGUCGCGAGUACCUGGCCCUCCUGGUUAGUCGCCUGCUUGGCAAGGCUGUCACAAUGGCCGAGUCUGUGGUCACACUCUCAUCCAUCACCAUGCCUGGCUUGCUCCAGAGCUAUGACGUCGCGUUCCUCAUCACAUGCCUGCUCACCAUGCUCAAACAUGCACAGGCGCACAACAUACUUGUUCCACAGCUCACACUGGCCACGCCUGGCGAGACGACGCGUGGACUAAAGCGUAUACUCAAACUUUUGGAUUCAAUCACACUUGGCCGGAUCUAUCCAGAGCGCUGGCCCACAAUGCAUCUGUUCCAGGUUGGUGUGUCCCUGCGUCUGCUGGAAGACCUCACGCCCCUGCUCUACAAACAUGCGCCACUUCAACAACAGCUCACAGACACAGGCAUCUGGCACACAUUCCUCACGCUCCAAUUCAAUCUGCUUGGCAGUCCUUUGUUGCGUGCAACUGACCACCGCAUCAACCGCGUUGCCAUCCAUACCGCGUCGCAGGUAACGCGUGUCCGCCAAGGUUUGAUACAUGUGAUACGCGACAACUGGUGCUACAUGUCGUUCAAUCAGAUACACUAUGUUCAGUUCAUGGUGCCACUUGUGUUGCAGACUCUGUUGGCUAUUCAUUGCGAGGUGGAUGAGAUGGCACAGGACCUGUUCAUAUCGAUGCUCAAGAAUGAGUACUGCGAUCGCAAGUCAUUGAGGCGCGUUGAGACCAAGAUGAUUGAGGUGCUCGAUCGCCUGGUGAUUGCAGGCCAGACCGUGGACGAGAAUAUCUUCCGCCAGUUCCUAGGCCGCCGCAUCGACGCGUACUUUAGCGCGGCCGAUGCGCCAGGAGCCGUCCUGGACGGAGCAUUCCGCUCAGAUGGCCGAACAUUCAUCGCCAACAUCACGCACCUGCUCGGCCUGAUGUACGAUUUCAGGACCCUGCCCAAUGAUCGCGCAUUUGAAGAGGAGCGCACGAUCGCCACUCUCAAAAUGAUGGAAUACUUCAAGGAUCGCAAGGACACAUACGUCAAGUAUCUUCAAGAGUUGCUCAGCCAGCAUAUCAAGAGUGGAUAUUACACCGAGGCUGGUCACGCCCUGAUGUUGCACUCGGAACUAUACCAAUGGAGCGUAACGACCAUCCUGCCAGCACUGGAACUCGAGUUGCCCGACAAGGAGUCGCACGUGACUCUCACCUUCCCGCAAGAGUCAGCGUCUGAGCGUAAAGUUCGCUUGAUGCGUCAGGCCAUAGUGUACCUGGACAAAGGACAAGCUUGGGAGAUAUGUCUGGCACUGAUCAAUGAGCUGAAGCGUCAGUUUGAGGAAACAUUCAACUACAAGGCCUUGGCCGACGUCUUGUUCAUCGAGGCCGAGUACUACGACAAGAUACUGCACACGGACCGAUUCUACAGCGAGUAUUUCCGAGUGGGCUACUAUGGCAAGAAGUUCCCGCCAUCAAUCCAAGGCAAGGAGUACCUGUACAAGGGCUAUGAGCUCGAGAGACUUCCGGACUUUACAGCGCGCAUCAUGGCCAAGUUCCCCAAUGCCGAAUUGCUCAAGUCCACGGCGGAGCCAUCACAAGACAUUCUGGACUCCGAUGCUCAGUACCUGUUGAUCACGCCGGUCAACCCAUCUUCACUCGAGGAAAUGGAGAAGCGCGAACAAGACGUGAUUGAGGGCACACCCAUCAACUCGAGGAACUUCCUCAAGCGCAACCAUGUCAAGGUGUUCUUGUAUUCCAAGCCGUUCAGGCCCGAAUCAACUAUCACCAUCAAGGGCGGCAAUGAGUUUGCCGAUCUCUGGAUUCGCAAUCAUUUCCUGGUCACAGACUCUGCUUUCCCAACAAUCCAUCGUCGUGCCGAGAUCAUCAAGAAACACGAGGUCAUCCUAUCGCCUGUCGAAGUGGCAGUGCAGAGCGUGCAGCAAAAGACAGAGGACCUAUGCGAGAUGAUAGUAAGGUAUCAGAACAAUGGUCAACUCAAUCUUAAUCCAUUGGCCAUGGCUUUGAAUGGUAUAAUUGAUGCGGCAGUCAAUGGUGGAAUCACGUUGUACAAAGAGGCAUUCCUCAGUCCCAAAUCAAUCAAAACUGUUGACCAGGCUCAUGCCAAGCAGCUCUCUGAAUCAAUCCGUCUACAAGUUGAAGCUCUUGAUCGUGGUCUCCAAAUACACUCUGUUCGCUGUUCCGAUGAGCUUCGAGGACUUCAUGAGAAGAUGGAGAGCUUCUUCCUCAAACUCAAGGCUGAUGUGUUGACACUCUAG